GCUACGUCAUCAGCAUGAGCCUCGCUGCAUAGAUCCUGCUGAUCCUUUGGAUCUGGACCUUCUAGCUGAUCCAGAUCUUUGGGUUCGGGUCCAAACUCAGCAGCUGGUUCUGCUCCGAUCCGGAUUCCAUGUUUACACCUCGUUUCUUUCUUCAAUCCGGUUCUGGUUCCGGUUCUUUGUUCCUGCGGUUUGCAGCCAGCUUGAAGUGAUUCUAUGUCAUGUAGAUCUAGAGGUUUGGUUCUUUCAGGCCUGAUAACGGAUGGUUGCUAAAUCUGAAGACAGCAGGAGGAGACGCUGAUGAUGGCGGAUGUUUUCCAUUCCACGCUGCUGCAGCAGCCGUCAGGUUUGGAGGUUUCCACUCUGCAAAAAAUAGAUGUUAAAGAAGAGGCUCCUGAUGCCGACCAGCAGGAGCUCCACCGCAUCAAGGAGGAACAGCUGAGUGUGAAGGAGGAGGAGGAGACGCAUGAUAGCAGCUUUCCUUCUGUUCCCGUGAAAACUGAGGAGGAGGAAGAGAAACCUCUGUUCUUUCAGCUUCAUCCGCACAAAACUGAAGACGCAGAUUUUCCAAUCAGAGCUUCGGCCGAACAUAUAAAGGUAGAAAUGAAAGAGGAGGACUCUGGAACAGCGGAGACCAGCAGGAAGACGGAUCUAAAGAGUCACGGAGGCUCUGGAGAGCGUGGAGAAGAUUCUGAAACCGAGGAUAGCGAGGAGGAUCGGGAAGAGAGCAGAGUUCCUGAGGCAGACACAAACACUGUCAGCAAAUCUGGGAAACAAGAUGCUAACAGAUCUAUUCUGAGUCGUUCUACGCCGAGAUCCAUGACUUCAGGACGUUCCAUCGAUGAGAAAUGGUUCACAGAGAGGAAAGAAGAAGAAUCACUAAAGAAAAAUACUAAACAGCUAAACUGUAGUGAUGCUAACAUGAACACGGGGGAGAAAUCCUUCAGUUGUGCUGUUUGUGAAAUUAGAUUCACAAGAAAAUAUAAUUUAGUCAGACACAUGAGGAAUCACACAGGAGAGAAACUGUUUGGAUGUGAUACUUGCGGGAGACGUUGUUACUCACAAUGGGAUUUAAACACCCACAAGAAAAUCCACACAGGAGAGAAACCCUUUCUGUGUGAUUCUUGUGGAAAAGGAUUCGUCACCAAUGCUCAGUUAGAGAGGCACAGAAGAAUCCACACAGGAGAGAAACCCUUUAGUUGUGAUACUUGUGGUAAAAGAUUCAACUUAAACGAAAAUUUAAAGGUGCACUUGAAACUCCACACAGGAGAAAAACCAUUUGGAUGUGAUGCUUGUGGCAGAAGAUAUCCCUCAAAGGCAGAAUUAAAUAGACACAUGAGAACCCACACUGGAGAGAAACCAUUUGUUUGUGAUGCUUGUGAUAAAGGGUUUUUCUCAAAGUCAGAUUUAAAUAGACACAUAAGAAAACACACAGGAGAGAAACACUUUGGCUGUGAUGCUUGUGGAAGAGAAUUUUUCACCAAGUCGGAAUUGAACAAACACUUGUUAAUCCACAAAGGAGAAAAGGUCUACGUUUGUGAUAUAUGUGAAAAAAGAUUUAAAUCCAAGGCAAGUUUGAACAUUCACAAAAAAAGUCACAAUGGAGAAAAAUCCUUUGUUUGUCAUGUUUGUGGGAAAGGAUUCACUAGCACGUCCAAUUUAAGGAAGCACAAACAAAUUCACGAUGCAGAAAAACACUUCAUCUGUGAUGUUUGCGGGACAGGAUUUGCCUCCAAUGCAUAUUUAAACAUGCAUCAAAGAACUCACUCUGUAGAAAAACCCUAUGGAUGUGAUGUUUGUGGAAAAGAAUUUAGCUCCAGUGCAUAUUUAAACAUGCACAAAGUUAUUCACAGUGGAGAAAAACCUUUUAAUUGUGAUGUUUGUGCUAAAGGAUUCACCUUCAAGUCGUACGUAAAGGAGCACAAAAGAGUUCAACAUGGAGAAAAUCGUUGUGAUAUUUGUGGUAAAAGAUGUACAACAAGUUCAUAUUUUAAAAGACACAUGGAAAUUCACUAUUCGACCGAGAAACUGAGAGGAAAGAAGUUACCUUUAGGUAAAGAAAAAAGAGCUCAUGUCUGAAGGACAUGUAAGGAUUCGGUUAUUUCUCGCUCUGUUUUCUUAUUACAGAAAUAUUCCUUAAGCUUUUUUGCAUCAUAAUAAUUGAAUUAAAAUAUUUCAGUUUAGAAAUACAUUAAAUAACCGAUUGUUUUAAUCACCUUGUCAGUUUAAACUCUCUGUUCUGACAUUUUUUGGGCUGAAGUAUUUUUUAUUUUAGCAAAUUUUGCAUAAAUCUCUCUGUAAUCUUGUUGAAGCCCUAAAGUUGGAAACCAUCAAAAGUUGUUGGUCUUUUUUGGUUUAUGUCUUAAGUUUUAUGAAUGUAGUGGGUGUGUUGUGUGCUUAUAUGCCAAUAUUACUGUACUUGUACCAAUACAUUAUUUUAAAAUUUAGACGACUAUAGUGAGCAGGCAAUCUUUUAUUUGUAUUUUUAUGGGAAAAUGGCAUUUUUUAUUUAGAUGCCCUCAUAUUGGAGUCAUUUGGUGAUUUCAUAUCGAUGUGAAUAAAUAGACGGAUAGAAUCGUAUCAAAUCGAGUGUAAAAAAAA